GGCGCUAAAGUCUUACCAUCAUUUUUAUCUUCGUUCAGCUUCCUGUUCAGUGUGUCAGUUUCCAAUAUGGCGGCGUCCAUAGCCAGGUACUUCACUUGUGCAUCGCGGCAUGGUUCAUGUAUUGCUUUUAAAAAUACAGUUUCAUAUAUAACGUCACGAUACAUGUUUUGUCGCUCUGUUACAGCCCAAAGUGGACUUCUUUUUUCUUUAAAUAAACGAGGCAUUUUAAAAAAUUCAUUUCCGGAAAAAGCAGCACAAGAAGACCUUCCUCAGCUACUGCAGUCUGGCUUGCAGACUGUAUACUGCGGAUUCGACCCCACAGCGGACAGCCUUCACGUUGGUAAUUUACUUGCUGUCAUCGGGCUACUGCAUUUUCGAAAUGCAGGACACAAUGUCAUCGCUCUUAUCGGUGGUGCAACAGCUCAAAUUGGGGACCCAAGUGGGAAGACCAGCGCGAGAGAGCGUCUAUCCUCUAAUGUAGUGGAGGACAAUACGAGGGCUAUUAGGGAGAGCUUGCAGCGAAUCUUCACCAACCACGAACUAAUUUUUCACACCAGUUCUAAAAAGCUUGGCACUGUAACGGUAUUGAACAAUUUAGCUUGGUACAAAGACUGGAAUGCAGUUGCUUUUCUGUCAGAAGUUGGCAGACAUUUCCGAAUGGGGACCAUGCUCAGCAGGUCAAGUGUCCAGUCUAGGUUGAAGAGUGCAGAGGGCAUGACCCUGACUGAGUUCUCUUACCAGCUGUUCCAAGCCUAUGACUUCUACCACCUGUACCAGAAUCACAGCUGUAAGAUCCAGCUGGGAGGGACAGACCAACUGGGCAACCUGAUGUCUGGGCACGAGUUCAUACACAAGGUGACAGGACAGGAGGUGUAUGGGCUGACAAUCCCGCUAGUGACCAGCACUGUGGGGGACAAGCUGGGGAAAACGGCCGGCAAUGCAGUGUGGCUGAACAGGGACAAGACAACUCCUUUUGAGCUCUAUCAGUUCUUCCUCAGGCAGCCUGACAGCAGUGUGGAAAGGUAUCUAAAACUGUUCACCUUCCUACCCCUGGCUGAAGUGGAAAAGUUGAUGGAGCAGCAGAGACAGGAGCCGGGCAAACGACUCGCACACAAACGACUUGCCGCGGAAAUCACCAAACUGGUCCAUGGCAAAGAGGGCCUGGAGAGCGCGAAAAGAUGCACACACGCCCUGUACAACAGUAACGUACAGGCCCUGGAGCAAAUGACUGACGAAGAGCUGCAGGAGCUCUUCAGAGAGGCCCCCUUCCAUGAGCUGCUGAUGGAGCCCGGGACCACGGUACUGGACGCCUGCCGCAGGGCACAGGCCAUCCCAGAGGGAAGCAAAGGCUAUAGCAUGGUAUCAGAAGGAGCUGUGUGGAUCAACCACAGUAAGACAGAUAGCCCAGAGCAGAUACUGAUACCAGGCCAGCACAUCCUGGCCAAUGGAUUGUCUCUCCUCAGAGUUGGUAAGAAGAACUUCCACAUCGUCAAGUGGCUCAAUCUGUGAGUGGCAUUGGGAGCUUAGAAUGCCUAUGAGCUGUCUGUGGACUGAAGAUUGAACAGCAACAUGGAUAUUAGAAUUGGGUCUAUAUUGUUUCAAUCCUUGCAUUCCUGUUGUUGUCUCGGUCCCUAUUCGUAUGGAUUGAAUGAUACUGUAAAAUAUUGUAUUAAAUUUGUUGUAAGUAUUUU